AUCGAUAUGUGAUAACAUAAGUGUACAUGAAAAUUCCGUGUUGAUUGUGUGAAUGUGUGUGUUGUGAACAAAAAUAACUAAACUAUCUAUACAUAUUUCUACGCGUUUAUCUAAAAGUUGCGACUACUGUACUCAUAAUUUACUUAAUUUUUGUGUAUUUUUGUAUCGUUUUGCCCAAAUCACUUAAUCCAUUUAGUCACCAUGGCUCUCUGUGUUUGUAAAUGCCUAAAUGUAACGCUUGAAGGUGAUAAAAUUGAAGACAAUGUCGAUAUUGGGAAACUGGAGUUAUCAUCCAUGGAACAAAGGGAUAUUUUUUUCAGUGAGAAACUGCUGUCCUGCUCUUUAAGCAGCUUAAAGACUGAGGUGGCUCAGCCAGCCCUGGUGGACCAGCGCCCCCUCAGCAGAUGGACAGUACAUUCUUGCCUGGCAUGUGGUCAGGCCACCCAUGCCAUAUCACAUGACAAAAAAGAACCUUAUGCACUGCUUGUUUGUAAAUCUAAUCAGACUACACAGGACCGGAUUAACAAUCUGAAAAAGUCAAAUAACUAUUCACCAGUAUUCAACUUAUUAGUGCCAGAAGUAACAAAUGACAUAGAAAUGAAGGAAAAUGUGGACACAAAUAACUUCAUGCGCAGUGAUAAGACUGUGUGGCUCCCUACACAGCAGGUGAUAGGCACACUUAGUAAACAGUUGAAUCAAACUCUGCAGUCUCAGCUGGAAGCUGUAGAAGAAACUGUCAGACAGUUCAGAGAUCAGAAAUAUGCUGAGUUUGAAGCCUACAGAGAAAAAGCACAAAGAGAUCAUAAAAUAUUAGCUAGUAUCAUAAGUAAGGCGCGCAACAACGUUGAGCGGGACAGCUGGCGGAACGACGCCAACAUCGACAACGGCCCGCCGUCCCCGCAUCUACCUCCCCUGCAGAGACGAAGACUGUCUUCCUUCCAAGAUGCCAAAAAAGUCACACAUAGUAAUGUUAAGUCUUCUAGAAAUAUGCCUCCUGAAGAAGAUUCAUUGGAUGCGGAGGAUCUUUUUGAGUUAGAAGGCAUGGACUCCAGGAGCAACAUGCUGUCUGACCAAGAUGACUAUGAUUCUGAUCAAGGCAGUAACGACGAAGGUAUUCACAUUUCGCGCCCUCGCGGCGGCGGUAUGGAGGUGAUCGCUCGAUCUCUUCCUAUGAAUAUGCCAAAGUUCCCCAACGAGCGUCCCGCUACUCGGGAUUUAGAUGACGAUGAGGAGCCGGCGGACAUCGCGGCCAGCAUCAAGGCGCUGGCGCGCUCGGUGCACGGCGACCCGUUCGAGCUGCCGCGCCCGCGCUUCUCCACGCAGAUCUAGCGCCCGCCUGCUGCGCGCCACUCCGACAUCCGACGUCUGCCACACAUUGGUGCUUCGUAAUGUGAUCACAGUGACCCUAAACCCAAAUUAUGAGUAUACAUUACAUUUGACCUUACAUUAAGUGACAAUACAUCGUACGUUAAACAUACAGAUACAAUAAUAUGGCAGCUAUGUAGUGAACCCCGAAUAAGGUUAACAAUGAAUACAUAUGAGAGCCUGUUGAUUACAGAAUAAGAAAUAAAUAUAUGAGAGUAAAAUAAGAGGCUAUAAAAUGUUAUUAUAAGCAGAGUAACUAUUAUAUUGAUAAACACCAAUUCGUUUGUAGCGCAGUUUACUAAUUUAAUUUAAACGCAUUUUUGACAAUACGUUACUUUGAAUGUAUAUAAGCUUCGCCAUUUUAAUAAGUCGUUCGGUACGUUUUUAGGAAUGAGAACAAUAAAUUUAUAAGAUAAAACGAGUGUUGUGCGUUGAUGUGUUUCAAUAUAUGCCUGGCUGGAAUAUAAUUCAUAAAUGACCAACAAUUAAUGCAAAGUCAAUUAAACAUGUAAAACAAAGUGUCAGGUGAGGCAUGAUAUAGUGUUGUCUGCUUACUGUUCCAACAGUGGUGUAUUAGCGAGUACAUAACCUAGCCAUGUAAGAGAUUGAUAAUGGAGUAAGUCUAUAGCUGUGACAAUGUUGUGUUAAUAUAAAUUCAAGUCGAACUAAGAGUAAGAAAACAUGCCAUAUUACUAAGAGUCAUUUUUGUCGGCCUUUAACUGUAAACAUAAUGUGCAAAAGUGUCUUGGUGUCAGUGAGUUUUGUUAAAUGUAUGUAAAUAUAACAAAUUUUAUAGACGACAAGUAAAUAUACUAUAAAUUGUUAACAUCUAAGUCAUAUCCACGUUAAUAGACUUUUCUAUUAUUUUUAUCUGGUGUUAUCGUAAUGAUAAGUGAAAAGUGUACAAAAUAUGAAUACCUUGCAUUUCUUACUAGUCUUUUAGGGUCACGAAUAAUUUUUCAUUGUUAACAUUAUUUUCAGUAGGUAGUUUAUAAAAUCGCAUACAUAAUGGACAAUCAUAAAAUGUACAUAUAAGGAAUCAUUGUUAUUUCGUUGAAUAACGAUACAAUAUAAAACUUUUGAAAAUCAUUUAUUUUUAUACCCGAUAUUUUGAAUGUUUAUGUAAUGGUUAACAGUCAGAAUCAGGAGUAGGCCUCGGUGACGCAGAGACGUCUCGGUCGUUUGUAUGUUUAUUAUCUCAUAACUUGCUUAGUGUUUAAGUUAGGCUAUAUUUACGUUUUCUUAUCUCGUGUGUUUACUGAACAAGCGAAUCAUAUUGUCAGCGUCUUCCAAUAGAACUGAUUUAAAAAGAGAAAAAUGAUUUUUAAGUGGUGUCUAUUUCAGUCAGUUAUUUUCUAAUUUAGCUAAAACUAAUAUUGUUUCAUUGGUGUGACUUUAAAGAGAUGGACCUUGAUUGUAUGUAUUUAGAAGUAUGUAAUAAAUAUUGAACGUGA